UAAUUAGUAGUGGUAUGACUGGAAAUGGCAUGGUGUGCAUGAAUAUAUAAAUGAAGCUUGUUUUUCAACAGGAUAACGUCACUGUGUGGCGAAGUCAAAUUCAAAGACGCCUCCGGCAGACGAAACCUUCGGUCAAAUCAAAUCGUCCAUUAAUACAAGAGACGCUUCAAUUCAUCAAUCUUCUUCUUCCGUGUCCCUACAUAGAUUAGAUUGAUAAACCCUAGCUCAGUUUGGUUUCAGCUGAGAGCUUUCACUGUAUGAUCAUCCUCAAAGUGACGCUGUUUUGAGGGCAUCUAUGGCACUCCCUGCUGUUGAUGAAGUGCCAAUCGAGGUCAGAGCCUUGGAGUCCCUAGGGUUAGGGUUUGAUCUGGCCAGCGAUUUCAGGUUGAAGUUUGCCAAGGGGUGUCCCGGAGGUGGGAGAUUGGUGGCCUUGGAUGAGGCCAACACGAGGAACAUUGUCAUUCCGGGUGGGGUUACGAUUCGGGGCGUGUCGGAGGAUAUUCGCUGCGAUAAAGGGGAUCGGAUUCGAUUCAAGUCCGAUGUUCUCGAGUUCAAUCAGAUGUCGGAGUUGCUGAAUCAGAAAUCUUCAGUCCAAGGAAAAGUCCCUUCAGGCUAUCUUAAUGCUAUCUUUGAUUUAACUGGAGCCUGGUUGACUGAUGCCUCAGAUGCCAAAUAUCUCGCUUUUGAUGGUUUUUUCAUCUCACUAUACUGUUUACACCUAACAGCGUCUCCACUAGUACUCCAAGACAAAGUGAAGAAAUCUGUUCCAUCUCAUUGGAAUCCAGCAUCACUCUCUAGGUUUAUCCAGACUUAUGGAACUCACAUAAUUGUAGGGAUGGCGGUUGGGGGUCAAGAUUUACUUUGUGUAAAACAAAAGCCUUCAUCGACAAUUCCUCCCGCUGAACUUAAGGGAUAUUUGGAGGAUCUUGGAGAUUGUCUAUUUUCAGAUGGAACUAGUCCUUCUUUGCUAGAGAAGAAAACAAGGGAUGGAAAACAGAAGGUUCCCGAGGUCUUUAAACGGAUGUUGCAGUCCCACACCAUGCAGUUUACAAGUAUUACAGAAACAUCAGGCAAGGAGGGUCUUACUAUUAUUUGGUCAAAAAGAGGAGGGGAUGUGUUUUCACAGAGCCACUCAAAGUGGCUUCAGACAGUGACUGCUAAUCCAGAGGCAAUUCUCUUUAAAUUUGUACCCAUUACUUCUCUCCUUAUUGGGGUUCCAGGAAGUGGCUAUCUCAGUCAUGCAAUCAACUUGUAUCUUCGCUAUAAGCCUGCUCCAGAGGAUCUGCAGUACUUCUUGGAGUUCCAAGUUCCUAGGCAAUGGGCACCUUUGUUCUGUGAGCUUCCUCUUGGGCAUCAAAGAAGAAAGGCGUCUUGCCCUAGACUGCAAUUCAGAUUCAUGGGGCCCAAAAUUCAUAUCAGCUCCACCCAGGUUUCAACUAGUCAGAAACCAGUUAUUGGCCUGCGCUUGUACUUGGAAGGGAAGAAAAGCAACCAUUUGGCAAUACACGUACAACAUCUCUCAAGCAUUCCAAAUAUUGUGACAUUUACAUUAGCCAAUCCCUCGACAUGCCGGCCGUGUCAAUGGCGUGGUACCGAUGACUACGAGUUGAGUAACCAAUUCUUAGAACCCGUGAAAUGGAAGCGAUACUCUAAUGUAUGCUCAUCGGUAGUUAAGCACGACCCGAACUGGAUACAAGGCGAACAUCCCGGUGUUUUCAUAGUAACUGGUGCACAACUAAUUAGUAAAGGAAAGUGGCCAAAGUCGGUUCUUCACCUCCGAUUGCUCUUCACCCACCUACCUAACUGCACCAUUCGGAAAACAGAGUGGGCUGCUGCACCGGUAGGAAACCGCAAGUCUAGUCUCCUCAUGAAUCUGAGCACAACUUUCACGUUCACUCAACGGACGGUUACUGAUGCUCCAAAACAGCUUCCGGCAGCUCUGAAUUCCGGUGUGUACCCAGAUGGACCGCCUAUGCCAGUACGUGCUGGAAAGCUACUUAAAUAUGUCGAUACGGCAGAGGUUGUUCGGGGCCCACAUGACGCUCCGGGGCAUUGGUUGGUAUCGGCUGCGAAGCUGGUGACAGAGGGUGGUAAGAUUGGUUUGAAUGUGAAGUUUGCUUUGUUGGAUUAUGAAGCACAGGAACCAUAGUUGUGAUUGUACAUACGGAAUGAGUGUGGUUUUAGAUCAUUUUAUUUGGCAUUUUGUUUAUUUAAUUAUUAUAAUUUUUUUCGCUUUUCACAUUUAAUGUAAUUUCAUGGUGAACAUCGUCAUUGUUUAGUAUAUCAGCAAAAUUACUUUUCCUGCUAA